AUGGCUAAUCGGUACAAAUUUAUCUACGAUACUGCAGUUGAAUUCUUCAACGCCACUACCGUGGAGAACGACGAGAUAAUUCGUGAGUUUCUGGAAAACGAAGAUGUCACUAUAUUGGCUGCAGUUUCACUGGACGGUGAAAUACUUUUUCAAAAUGCGGUUCCUGUUGAGGAACAGUACUGUUUGCUGUUCUAUAAGAUUCCCAACCUGGACUACAACAGCCUAAACACUUCACCAAAAAUUGGAAUGCUUACACUGGAAGGUGGCCUGGCUAAGUCAAUAUAUAACUCGUUGCAGCGUGUUUUUUCUCCCUACAUUCUGAAGAAAUGCGAAUAUUCAACCGAAGUGAAGGCUAUUCUUCAAAAUCUACACUCGAACCUAGGUCUAUCGCUCGGAUUGACCGAAUCCGGUAUACUGUCAUUUCAGGAUGAGAUCAAUUUUUGGGUACAGAAAACGAGAACCUUACCGACGAAGGCUGAUCGGGAAGCGGCAAAAUCUUUCGCGGCUAUACUGGAAAAAAUUAAUGCUCAGUUGACGGAAGGCUCCAAUGCUAAUCUUAGCCAACUGGACGAGUUUAUCGACGUCUGUCAGACCCAUCUGGACGAAAUAUGGCGACUGCCACAUCACUACCCACAGAACCGCAUGUGUAGUAUUUUCGAUAUCAUUUCAACUCACGUUGUCAACACGUGCACCGAAAAACUAAUCGAGUUGGAUAUAUGGGACGUUGGAUCAAUCUAUCUAGAUGAGGCUAUCAACCAUGUCAAAGAAACACUAGAAUCCUGGUAUCAAACGUUCGACAGUUUGACGCGACUCUUCUGGCCAAACUAUGAACAACACGCGUGGAUCGGAAAACCGUACAGCUCCAAACAAUUGGACAAACUUCGUAGCCGAUUCUCAGAGAUUUUAGAAAUCAAGAAUUCCAAGGAUUUACUCUAUGCAUUGUUCUUCGAUAAUGAUGAACAAUUUCUUCGCAACACCGAUGUAGCAGAUCCCUUCAAAGAUAUAAACAUCUUCGAUCUCACUCCGCUGGGCAAUAAACGAUGGGAGAUGGCCAAGUCCCGCAUGGAGUCCAAUCUUGCCAAGGUAGACGAAAACGUGGUUUCUAUCCUGAAGCAACACAUUCACGGAAGUGUCGGAAAUCCACGGCAAGCGAUUCACGUGUUCAGUCGCUUCAAAGACAUCUUCAAUCGUCCGUAUGUUCUGAAAGCACUGACCGUGGAACGCGAGCAACUAUAUCAAAGUAUCCCAAUAAUUAUUCGCGAACUGCGGGAAAUGCUUGCGGCUACGAAUUACACCGAGGACGACGUUACGCCAAUUGUUUCCGAAACUCGCUGGUACCGAGUGGUGGAGGAGCAGAUUACCCAGCUGGAAGCGGUCGUGGUGAAGAUUCUCAACGAUCGUGAAGGAUUUGAGCAAGCGGUGCAGAAAAUCAUCACUUUCCGGGAGGAAAUCCAGGCUAUGAUUCGGGCUAACUUUGAAAGCUGGACCGACAACUCGAUGAGUGCGAUUCGCGAUGGGGAGUUAAGCCUUCGCGAGAACCAACCGGUAGUUAUUUUCGACAAAACCGAACGUCAGCUCAUGAAGGUCACCUUCGGUUCCAAGAUUGUAACUUUCUGUGACGAAGCUCGCCAUCUACAGAAUCUAGGACUGAAGCUCAGUCCGGAAAUUCAGAAAAGCAUAACCCACUCGAUGCGGUUCAUCUCCUAUGCACGAAGACUACAGCAGAUCGCUACAUUCCACAACACCAUUGGUGACAGGAUGAUUCCAUGCCAACGGCCGAUCAUGCUGAACAAUGCCAUGGAGUUCUCGAAGCUCGUGAAAAGUGAGUCUGUGUCAUGGAACGAUGAACACUCUGUAGAACGAUACAUCGACAGUCUUCAGCAAGCGGUUAAACGAUUAUCUAAGGACAACAAUCAGUUGACAGGCUACCACGAACAAGCCAAAAAAUCGGUGCUCAAAUUGAUGAAUGUCGAUCUUAUUCGACAGAGUAACGUCUGGAAGGACGAAAUGCGUGUUCUUCGCGAGAUUAUAUUCAACUUGGAGAAGCAAGCAUAUACCAACCUGAAUCCAUUCAAACUUCACUGGGAUCAUCAAUUGUACAAAGUUUUGGAGUAUCAGUACGUUUCCGGGCUACUCAACGUUCACCAAAAGUUACCGGAUAUUCACGUAGACUUGGUGUUUCGUCAGCAGAAAAUCCAAUUUCGUCCUACUAUGGAAGAAAUCAAGUCCAAGUACUACUCCCAGUUACGUCGAUUUAUCGAGAAACCCCUUGGUUUCAAAGGCCUUUCCGAGCAGAGUUCGAACAUUUUCAAAGCAAUGAUUGAACGAAACGCUCAAUACUUCUCAGUACUGUAUGAAAAAGCAGACGUCGUAUUCCGUGAGUUAUCGGAAUUUCGAGACAGUUGGCUACCUUGGGUAUCGCUUGGAAUGUCUGAUAUGGAACAGCUAUGCACAGUUCACUGUAUUACGUGGCAGCACUGGGACAACAAUUUCCGAGCCUGCAAGAAGUUUAGUCAACAAAUAGCUCGAAUUCAGCAGUCGGAAAAAGAGAUUGAUUGUCUGAUCGUCAACUACGCACCACUCUGCUCCGAUAUAGACGGCGUCAGCAGACGGUACUGGGAAAGUCUUGCUAACAGUUUACGAACGUCGAUCUUGGACAACAUUUCCACUUUGCAAGAGUAUCUAGCGUAUUCGUUCCAGGUGCUCCAAAACAUCCCGCAAGACGAGUGGGGCAUAUCGGAGUCUAGUGCGAAGUAUGAGAAAAUUGUUAGCGAUUUGCCAAGGAUGACCGAGUUGAUCAAGUCGCUGCAGGGAAAGGACAGCUGUUUGGCUGGGUGGUGUAAGGAGCGAGUUUCAGCACUCGGCGGUAUUCUGACCCAGUGGAAUCAGCUGCAGCCUUUGAUAGAAAACCACCAAUCGCUGCUGCAGGGUAGACUGGAUAUCAUCAAGGAGAAUAUUUUGAGGCAGAUCACCGAGUUGAACGAAGAAGCGGACAAAUUUUCUAUCCGUUGGGAGUCUACUAUACGGGAUCUGGAGACUAACGACCACGCUGAUAUGACUUUAUUCCGUGAACGCCAAAGCCAGUGGAAAAGCAUCGUUAAUAAACGCGAGACACUCCGAAAACAAACUGAAAAAUUCAAUAUAAAAGUUCCGGAAGAAUUCGACGCAAUAUUUGGCAAACUAGAAACGGACAUCGCGGAACAUGGCAAAAACUGGGAGAUCUUCAACAACUUUCUAACAGACUACGAUACGGUCGCGAACGAAGAAUGGACAAUCUAUCGUCGUCGACCGCACAUCUUUACGGAGUUUCUAUCUAGAUGGGAGAAACCCCCAAGUCCACCAGCUAGCGUAGCGAGUUCCCGUAUUGCAUCUCACGUCGAACGGUACAAAUCCGUCCAAUCGCUACUCAACGCUCUCCAAUCGGAUGCUCUGAUCGAGAAACAUUGGGCUAAAAUAUGUCAGCUGCUAAAAAUAGAUUCCAAAUCCCAACACGAUCUUUGUCUGGGCGAUGUCUUACUAGUGUCCGAUAACCUUCAACAGCAGGCAGCUGAAAUUCAAUCCAUCGUGCGACAGGCAGCUUCGGAGCAUGUAAUACGGCAAGCUAUAGUAGAGUUGGAACAAUGGGCCGCUACAGCAAUGCUGAAACUUAUCGAUCAUACAGACUCCAAAGGAGUUAUCAUUUCGUUGAUCAAAGAUUUUACGGAAACGCUGAACAAGAUCGGAGAUAACCAGUUUUUGCUGCAGUCCGCGAAGAAUUCAACCUCGAUUGAGUCCUUUUCCGAUCAAGCCGAUGUGUGGGAAGAGAAGCUCAACAAUCUGGACUAUAUCAUAACCCAUUUGAAUCAGAUUCAGAAGAAAUGGAUUUAUUUGGAACCCAUUUUCGGCGUUGGAACCUUAAAACGAGAAGAAGCCGUCUUCAAAAGCAUCGAUAAGAACUUCCGAUACAUUAUGAAAGAGAUCACCGAAGACCCGAAAGUAGUCGCGGUGCAUAAAAUAAACAACGUGCUGUCGAUUAUUGAAACGCUCCAGAAUCAAAUAUCCCGUUGUCAGAACGCUCUGAGUUCAUUCAUCACAACCAAGCGGAAUGCCUUUUCCAGGUUCUAUUUCCUAUCUGACGACGAUCUGCUUGAGAUUUUAGGCCAAUCCUCAAAGACAGCUGUUAUCCAAAAACACAUUCGUAAGCUGUUUCCCGGUAUCUACGGAUUGGUGAUAGACGAAUCCAGCUCUCGUAUAGUAGCGUUCGGCAGUGAGGAAGGCGACGAAAUCCGUUUAACAAACCCCGUAAUAAUAACGCCUGUAGUUGAAGACUGGUUGAACGUCCUGGUGACAGAAAUCAAAACAACACUCCAAUUUCUUAUCAAAAAGUGUCUCGAUGCGGUUCCCAUGGACGAAGCGACCAUUGGUGCGUAUCCGAUGCAAGUCAUAUGCCUGAUCAAUUCCAUCAACUUCACUCGACGAGCUGAGAAAGCCAUAUCCGGUAUGCAGCUGGCCGAUCUAAAACGUCAGAUUCAAAAGGAAAUCGAUCAAUUUUCUACCCUACUACACGGAAGCACCGAUCAAUUGACACAAAUCAAGCUACGUGCCCUGCUGAUUGAUCUAGUCUACCAAUCGACCACCGUAGACUAUCUGAGUAAUCACAACGUGACAAACCUGCAGGACUGGUACUGGCUCCAGCAGCUCAAGUUCUUCGUAGAUCGCAACGGGAAAGUGAUCAUCAAAAUGGUCUACGCAGAGUUUGAAUAUUCGUACGAAUUCCUCGGGAACUAUAGUAAGCUGGUGUACACAUCCUUGGCCCACAACUGCUACCUGAUAUUGACGCAAGCAAUGCAGCUAGGUCUCGGUGGUAAUCCAUUUGGGCCCGCAGGAACCGGUAAAACUGAAUGCGUCAAGUCACUAGGAGCAAUGCUGGGUCGCUUAGUACUGGUGUUCAAUUGCGACGAGAACAUCGACACCGCCGCCAUGGCUCUCAUCCUGUCCGGGCUAGCUCGCUGUGGAGCUUGGGGCUGUUUUGAUGAAUUCAACCGCCUCCAGGAAGCUACCCUUUCUGCGAUUUCUAUGCUUAUUCAACCCCUACAAGUUGCAUUGAAAGACAAACAGAAAGAGGUUCAACUGAACAAUGAAACCGUUCCGCUGAACAAUCACUGUUGCGUGUUUGUAACGCUGAAUCCAGCGGGCGAAGAAUACGGAGGUCGUCAACAGUUACCGUUGAAUCUACAGGCCCUUUUUCGACCAAUUGCAAUGCAAGCUCCACGACCACAACAAAUCGCUCGGGUUACACUCUUCGUGGAAGGGUUUAAACAUGCUGAUCGACUCGGCAGUCAGAUCGUAGAACUUUUCGAACUAUCCAAGAAGAUGCUUUCCAAACAACGCCACUAUGAUUGGGGGUUACGAGAAUUGAAAUCGAUUCUAUCGGCUUGUGGUUCCGCGCUGAAAAACGCCAACAGCGAAUUGACGUAUGACGAGGAAGCCGGACUAGCCGUUAACGUGAUUCGAUCGAACACUAUGUCCCGAUUGACUCUGUCCGAUUGCAAACGGUUCGAUGUUCUGUUAUCUAAUGUGUUUCCGAAUACCCACGUCGUUGGUAUUGCAAACGAAGAUUUGAGACUGAAGAUCAUGGAUGCUUUUUCGAUUCUGGGAUAUCAGCCUAACAACCGACAGGUCGAAAAAUGUUUGGAGUUGGCUGCACAAUUGAAGAAACGAAUGGGAGUUGUAGUUAUUGGACCUCCUCGGUCAGGGAAAUCAACAAUCAUAUCCAUAUUGAAGGAAGCACUACUGUUGCUAGGGAGUACAAUACGAGCUCAUAUAAUUUCGCCAAAAUCGAUGAAUCGAGUUAAACUGUUGGGUAAGCUGGAUCCGGACACUCGGCAGUGGACAGAUGGAGUACUCACGUCCACAGCCGUUGCCGUGAAUGCUGAGCCUCGAACUGUCACUUCGUGGAUUAUUUGCGACGGAGACAUAGAUCCCGUGUGGAUCGAAGCAUUGAACUCCGUACUGGAUGAUAAUCGUCUGCUGACUCUACCUUCCGGGUGGAGGAUUCAAUUCGGAAGCAAUGUGAACUUCAUUUUCGAGACACACGACCUUUCAACGGCCUCGCCAGCUACCAUCUCUCGUAUGGGAAUAAUAAAUUUAAAUACAGAUGAUCUACCUUAUCAGUUGGUGGUUGACGCAUGGCUAGCGAAACAAUCGGACGCGGAGAUACUGAAGUCUCUCCUAGAGCAACACUACUACAGAGCAAUUGAGUGGAUCGAGGAACAAAAGCUUCGACCGUUCGGCUACUCUCUCAUAAGUUUAGCCGAAUCAGGUCUGCUUGCUAUUGAACAGGCCAAGUCUAUGGAUCAGUUCUGCAUCGAUCUGCUGUGUGGACUCAAUGGAGUUCUGAGUGCAGAUGGAAAAAACAAACUGUCAAACCAAGUAUUCUCCAUGGCUGACAUAACGAUAACUGACAGUUCUGUAGCGGAGUAUCACUACUACAACAGCUUUAGGGAUAUGGUAGAGCUGUACAGCACCGACGAGAUUACCGGAUCUUUUAUCAACGAAAAUGUGUUCACGAAUGUUCUGGUCAAAACUCCACUGAUGAAGUUAUGCGGCGAACUGCUGAAACAAAGCAUCAACUCCGAAAACCGUCGCAUAACUUUGCUUGUUGGUCCUAGUGGCAAUGGCAAAAGUUUGCUUUUGCAAACCAUUGUCAGUGAAUUCAACGGCUACCAACUAGUCACAAUUAGCUGUAGUUCUCAGUUGACCACAUCCAGCAUCCUGAAUACUCUGAAGCAGAAUUCGCUUGUUCUUACCACCGUCAAAGGUAAAGAGUAUCGUCCGAAGUUCUCCAGAGUUGUACUGUAUUUCAAAAACAUUGACCUCUGUUCCGUUGAUCGAUGGGGAACGUGUGAAGUUGUCGAGCUCCUGCUACAAAUCAUAAACCGCACCGGAUUCUAUUCGGAAACUCUCGAGUGGAUAAGUGUCUCCGGAGUACUCAUCUGCGCUUCGGUUUCCAAUCUUCGCAAAACACAUAUUUCUCCCAGAUUUCUGUCAAUCUGCACUCUUGUGCAGAUCGGGUAUCCGAGCAACUUGGGCAUGGAGAGUAUCGUUAAAAGUAUGAUUCUACCGCUGUACAACCAACUCGGACAGAGUGCCGUGAAGCUUAAAUUAAACGACCUGGUUCGAGCUGUUAUGAACGUUUAUUUUGAAACGCAAGCACGUUUCAACCGUGGAGAAGUUUUACACUACCGGUUCACGCCAAAGAUGAUCGAGAGAUGGAUUAGUGGAGUUCUGUAUUACCCGGCCGAACAUUUCAGCCAGGCGAUGAGAUACGAGUCUAACCGAAUUUUUCGGGACCGUCUGCUAACCAACGAUGAUCGUCAGAUGUUUGACGAGAUUCUCCGAGAUAACCUCCGAGUGCUCCCAAAUGUUGAGGGUCGUGUUGUUUUUGGUCCCAAAGAAGGACAACAUAAAUCUGAAUUACAACUGAUGGAUGUCGAUAGCUGGAAAGGGUCUGUGAACCAGACUAUUUCAAUGUGUAAUGCUGAAGUUAUCUCUGUGGACAUCCCAUUCUCGGAAGAAUUUAUCGAUAUCGUGUCCUCCAUCGUCCGUGUUCUAUCCAGACCACAAUCAAACUUGGUUAUGUGCGGCCGAACUGGAUCAUGUCGUCUGGAAGCUCUAUAUGUAGCAGCCACCAUGCUGAACGUGAAGGUUGUUUUCCCACAAACAUCCAAAAACUAUUCGAUCAACGAGUUCAACAACGACCUAAAGAUUGCCAUGCAAAACUGUGCUUUAGAAAACGAACCGGCGGUGUUCUACAUUGACCAUUCACUGAUAGAGUACCAGGCUGACAUUAUGAAAACAUGCGAAGCUAUCUUGGAGAGUGCUGAAUUGGUGGAUUUCUUCGGAGACGACUUGGAAAACCUGGCUAAUCCUCUGAAGGCACAAGCAGCCUUGGAGUCGUUCCAAAUGUCUCUUUCUGCGUACUUUCUGCAUCGUUUGAAGAAUAAUUUUCAUCUGGUUCUACUGCUAGAGAACUCUUCUCCCAAAACGCGAGAUUUGUUCGAAAGCUACCCAGCCAUCUACCAAAAAUCUGAGAUGAUCUGGAUUCUACAAGACAAAAUAACUCCCGCCGAUAGUCUAAUUAAAUAUCUAGCAAGUAUCAGUAAACAUCAAGUUCCCCUACCCACUUUCUUUAACGAUAUCCUCGCUGAAAACCUUAGCGAAUGGUCCCGUUCACCGAAGCGUCGAAUACAGCUGAUCCAGACCUACUGGCACGUAUAUCAGAAGCAAAAAUCGGAGAAAGAACGCUACAAAUCUCAGAUCCAGAUCGGCGUAGACAAACUGUCGGAAACUCACAAAAUCGUGGAGAACCUGAAGCUAGAAGCACAAGAGAAACAGAAAGCGCUAGCCGAGAAACGAAAACUCGCCAACAAAUCCCUGGAAAUGAUAUCAACCACGAUGCGCAGCGCAAACGAUCAAAAAACGGAACUGCUCCAGUUACAACGUGAAACGAAGGAGAGUAGCGUAAAACUGAUCGAACGGAAGAAAGCAAUCGAAGAGGAACUCAGUCUAGUUGAACCAAUACUUCGCGAAGCUACCGCCGCUGUUGGUCAGAUAAAAACCGAAGCCCUGUCGGAGAUUCGAUCACUGCGAGCUCCACCGGAAACAGUUCGCGAUAUCCUGGAAGGUGUCCUGCGGUUGAUGGGUAUCCGAGAUACUUCGUGGAACAGUAUGAAGACGUUCCUCGCCAAACGAGGCGUCAAGGAGGAUAUCCGUUCGCUUGAUCCGGCUAGAAUUAGUCCAGAGAAUUGUCAAGCUGUCGAGAAACUUUUGCAGACCAAAGCCGAUUCGUAUGAACAGAAGAAUGCUAAGAGAGCCUCCGCUGCCGCUGCUCCACUGGCAGCGUGGGUUAUAGCCAAUGUGAAAUAUUCGAAGGUAGUACAAAGCAUUAAACCGCUGGAGCGCGAGCAGAAUGAACUUCGCGAAAACCUCGAGAAGGCAGAAACGGAAAUGAACUCUUUGUCCAGCGGUUUAGAUAAUGUUAACGAUACGGUCAAAGGACUUUCCGAACAAUUGAACGUCCACACUCAAGAAGCCGCUAUGCUAGAAAUAAAACUCGAAGAAGCAAAACAAACUUUGCACGCAGCGGAAGUACUAGUUCAAAACUUGAGCACUGAAUUCUUAAGCUGGAGUAAGGAGCUUGAAGAACUAAACCAUACGAUCGCUCACAUAGAUAAACGAAGCUUCAUGACAGCUUUCUGUAUAACUCAUGUCUCUCAUUUGACACUGGAAGAACGGAAAGAUACGUUACUAGCUGCGUCAAAGCUGACUAAAGAACAACAAUUCAAUCUGGAGGAUCUGGUGUCCAACCAAGACAAGAUCAUUUGGGAAAGUAUGGGAUUAAGUGCUGAUCAACAGUACCGCGAGAAUGCCACCAUUUUGAAUCAAUUUCUGAUGCUACCAUACGGAACCACCCCGGUUCCGCUUCUAGUAGAUCCCACCGAACUAGGUUUUAAAUGGCUCUGCAACUACUUGAACUAUCUAAACCACACUUUCGAACUGUCUAGUCAAUCCACCGAUCGAUUUGGGUACGUACUCGAGUUGGCGAUACGGUUCGGCAAAAUUUUGAUAGUUCGCAAUGUCAACGCUGUCGAGCCCCCGCUACUAUCUCUCUUCUUAUCCCGCAUCCACGUCAGAUUUAACAAACGAAUGGUACAAAUCAGCAACAAACUGAUCGAUCUUCAUGACGACUUCAAACUGAUCUUGGUAACCCAGAACGAACGACUCAAUCUGGGUUCCGAGCUGCAGGCGCACUUCAUGAACCUGAUGUUCACCACCACCACAGCAGGGUUAACCGAUGUGCUAACCUUCAACUGGGUACUAGCCAAAGAUCCGGAAAUCGAGAAGAAACGCGUGGAUUUGCUGCAGCAGGAAGGUCGACUGAUGAAGGAGAAACGUAGUCUGCAGGAUAAAUUGCUUCAGGAAUUAUCGUCUUCCAAAGGGGAUAUUUUGAAGAAUGAACCUUUGUUGAGUACGUUGAACAACAUCAAAGCUAGUGCGAGUCUAAUCGAGCAAUCGCUUAACGAAUUCGCUGCAAUCCGCGAUCAGCUAAUGGAACACUACAGUCGACGAAAGGAAUUCUGUAGCUUAGCGUCCAAAUUCUUCAUGGGUAUUAGACGUUUCUACAGUAUCAACGUAUCCAAGUUUACGGCCAUAUUCUUGAACGUGAUUGACAACGAAAAACAUUCAACGGCAGAGGAAAUGUACAAAAUGUUGGUUAAAAGGAUAUUUUCUCUACUGAGUCGUAGUAUCCCGAAAGACGAACAGACAAUUUUGGGAUUAAACAUCUGCAAACAGGCAUUCCCCGAGCAGGUUCCCGAGAAGGAAUGGGAAUCAUUUGUUUUUAAUUUCGCGCACGCUGAACAGACAGCAGUUCAACAGCUGCCAUCGUGGAUCAAGCAAGAGAACGUCCCAAAAGUACAAGCCCUGAAGCAUCAACACCCGGAAUUAUUCUCAAAGCUAAACUUAGACAAUACCAGCGCAUGGCUAAAGUACGUUGAAUCCAACGACAUAUCUCCACCUGCGAGCAUGACUGACUUCCAAGCGAUCUUGAUUGCACUAGUCCUUAGACCGGAUCUACUCAUUCGAACCAUAGCCCGUUCGGUUCAAAACAUUAUGGGACUUAAAGCGCUCUAUACGGUACGACCUUCGAUCAAGCUGCUUGCCGAGGAAAGCUUCCCGGAUGAACCGCUUCUACUGAUCACCGCUUCCGGGAUUGAUCCAUCCGAAGAAAUUCGCGACCAUGCAAAGCAUACAAUUGGCCUAGCAAAAUACGCGGAGUUCGCGGUCAGUAAGGGAUACGAGCAGGAGGCACUGAAGCUGGUUAAAGAAGCGGCGAAUGCUGGCAGCUGGGUUUGCAUCAAAAACAUCCACACGGUUCCACAGUGGCUGCGCCAUUUAGACGAAACGAUGAAGUCGUUAAAUUUAGCGAAUGGAUUCAAGCUGUGGCUUACGUCGGAAACGGAUGGGUCUUUGCACAACGCGUUUAUUAACAAAUGUAACAAAGUUUUGUUCGAGCCCCCAGCCGGGUUGAAGUACAAGAUGAAACUGUUAUUGGAACAACACGCUGGUACGGUAACUAGGAAGCGGGACUACAAAUCGAUCAAGAUGUACAUUGGCCUGUUUAUGCUGCAUUCCGUCGUGCAAGAGCGUCGAUCGUAUAUUCCUCAAGUCAGCGAUUUAGUGAUCAUGUCCGACUCGGCCAGCUGUUUAUCGGCAAUCGAAGCCGGCACAUCCCACUACCCGUGGAUCCAGGAAAUUGAAAACCUGCUACGAAAUCGUCCACUCAAGGUCUGCUGGAUUCCCGGUCACGCUGGCAUCCAUGGUAACGAGGAGGCUUACAUUGCUCCAUUAGGUAUAUCUGUUCCGGGUUAG